AUGUCACGCAAGUGGGAUGACACAAUAGUCCAGCUACGGGAGGAGCUUCGAGUUGAAAAAUCAGCGAGGUUGAAGCUUGAAGAACGGGUAUCACGUUUGGAAAUCAACGUACCGUCCACUACACAACAAGACGAUCUUGAGAAGGCAGUGGCAGUCAUUGGUGGGUUUGGUCAGUUGGAUGCACAAGAAGCAGAGCACCUCGUGAGCACAACGCUUGCUGAUGUAGAUGGCUUGCAGGACGUCUACUCCACAAAUCCAAAGCCAGCAGUGCUAUUUGCUCAGUUCGAUUCAGCAGCACGCAUGCACAAGUUCGUUCGAGCACAAAAGUGCCACCAAGAAAUGCAAAAGCACAAACUCUGGGCGGCGGAGAACAAGUCAGCAGCAGAACGACGUCGUGGCAAGAUUACCAGCAAGAUCAAAAAGUUUGCCAUUGAGAUCGAUUCCAUAGCCCCGAAGGACAUUUUGGCAGAUUACCGGACACAUAAAGUCUUGAUGAGGACAGCGAACAAGCUUGUACAUGUGGCCGACGUUGAUGUCGACGGAGUUGUUCAGUGGGCAGUGCCUUGUCCGGUCAGCGAGGCUGAGCAUCCAGGAGGCCGUCACUCUUGUAAGAAUGCAGCCGAUGAUGUGGACACACAACCCAUGUACUUGAAUUUGCAUGUUGUCACCAAAAAUGUACAAAGUAUCCGAGAUGAGACUCGUUUUCAAGAUUGCUUGGUUGAGCUGGACAGUGGUGCGCAUGACAUUGUCUUGUUGACGGAAACUUGGCGAUCUGAAUGUGAAGAAGUUUUCUCGACACCAGGUUGUGGCAAGAUAUAUUUGAGCGGCGGCCUGGCUCACCGUGGUGUCGGCAUUUAUGUUUCACGGCAGUUUUCGGCAUUCAUGGAGAAGCCACGUUUUCAUGCUUUUUCGCCUCGCUUGUGCAUGUUACAGUUUUCACGGCAGGGUGGUGAUUUCAACGCUAACGUCGGGGCAUUGAUUCCACAUGAUAUUUCACAACUUCUGGGUGGUUGGGGAAGUGGACCCAGGCCAAAUGUAGACGAUCAAGGUGACGCUUCCGAUUACAAGUUCGCCUUACAAGCCUCGGUGGCUGAUCAUGAGCAUGCAACGUUUGAUGAGCUGGAACAGCUUCUUUCAUCUGCAGCGUCUCGAUGUGGGACGUGCCAACUUGAUGAUUUCAAUUUCCGCCCAUCACGGCAGCUGCAAAGCUUGCGUGUGCAACGACAUGCUUGUGGCGAUGCUGGAGCGCGUAGAGCUUUGAGUUUGCAGAUCUUUCGUAUGCAGCGCCGCGAAGUACGGGUUUGGAAGGCUUCAAAAAUUCAGCCUGCGUUGCAGGCAUCAUCGUGGUCGAGCAUGAAGUCGUUACUUUCCUCCUUUGCCGGCAAGCCGAAGUCGUUGCAGCCUCCACCGGAUGAGUUUGCUGACGAGUUGGGGAAGCUAUUUUACGCGAUUCCACCGCUGCCUUGUCGACCGCAAGCUUUGACGGAAAAUGCUUGGAGCAUGAGCGAGCUCAUUUCUGCGUUACGAAGGAUGAAAGUCAACAAGGAGAUGUUCCGACGAGCUGGCAUAAAGGCAAAAACCACAACGGAUUUUCGACCUAUUGCCAAUGUUCGGUUGCUGUACAAAACUUUUGCUUGCUUGGUUUUGGGUCGGAUUGAAUCUGUCUUAGAUGCACAUCAACCUGAGGAGCAACAUGGAUUCAGGAAGGGACGCCGCAUCGAAGAGCACUUAUUGACAGCAAAUACCGUGUUGGACAAGACAUUGGCGGCCAACAUUCCUCUGUGGGUAAUUAGCAUUGAUUUUUCAAAGGCGUUCGACCGUGUGUCAUGGACAGCUUUAUGGUCGGCACUUGCGCAGCAUGGCGUUUCCGCACACUUGAUUUGGAUAUUGCAAGAGCUUUAUGGUGGACAGUUAGGAGUUGUUCGAGGUGAUGAUGGAGAGUCCAGUCGUUUGUUUCAGAUUUCGGGCGGAGUUCGUCAAGGAUGUGUGCUCAGUCCGCGCUUAUUCUGUGCAGUAUUGCAAUUAGCAAUGGGUGGAUGGAGACGUAAUGUCGACGCGGCGGGCAUUGACUUAUACGACAACCUGCCGAAGCUGUUAGACGUUCGCUUUGCUGACGAUGUUUUCAUUUUCACGACAUCUUCGCGGCAUGCAGCGUGGAUAUUGGACGAGCUUGUCCGAUGUUGCAGUCACGUCGGGCUUAUUCUCAACCCAAAGAAAACAAAAAUCAUGACGACGGACGCUCAAGCUCCACCACAAUUGACGGCUCCUUGUGGACUGACUGUGGAGAUCCUCUCGGGGGGCACAACACAUCGUUGGCUGGGAUGCUUGGUGUCUGACGAAGGGUCUGGUAACACAACGGCCGACGUAGAUUUUCACCUGCAAUCUGCCUCCCGUGCUUUUCAUGCAAAUCGCCAUACUCUUUGCGACAGGAAUGUUUCCGUUGUCGACCGAUUGAAGUUUUUUGAUAGAGCCAUUUCGCCGAUCGCGUGCUUUGCAGCUGGGCAUCGGACGAUUUAUUCAGCGGACUUGCAUCGACUUGACGUUCAUUUCCGCAAACAUUUGCGCCAGAUUGUUGGUGCACCACCAGAUACCAAAUGGGACGAUCCAUGGCAUGAUGUGUUGCAUGACUGGAAUGUGCGGGCUAUGGGAUUUUGGGCGAGGCUGCAUCGACCCACGUGGUCCUUUAACUGCUUGAGGCAACAUUGGAAUCUGGCGAUGUAUGUUAUCAAUCUGCCAAACACGCGUUGGGUGAAACGUGUUCUAGCAUGGGAUCCUGUUGGCACACGUGUUCCUGGAAGACCGAAGAAUUCUUGGGCCACUAGUUUGGAGAAUUUCGCGCGCUGGAAAGGCUGGAAUGACUGGACGGUGAUGGCAACAAACGCUGAGAGUCCUAGCCGCUUUUGCGAUGAAUAUGUGAAUUUCAUGUUUCCUACCAGAAAUGUUGAGCUCCAGCUCUUCGGUGAGGUGCAUUUCGUAGAGAGGACGGCCUGGUCCCCGUUCUUCUUGUGGGGCGUCUUCUUCUAUGUCUUCGGAACUUUUUGGAUUCUGGAGUUCCUGUCCUUCAGCAACAAGUACAUCACGGCGCAGGUCAACGAAGGCAUAGUCUACUUCCGGGUUAGAGGUAUUCAGUUUGUCUCGAAGGAACAGGGGCUGAAGUGCGAGGAUGCCGAGGACUACGUGUUGUUACUGACAGUGAACUAUCUGUGGCAAGCACUGCUACUUCCAGUGACAGACGGCACCAUAAAGAAGGAGGAGCUUGACGCGAAGGUCAAGCAGGAGAAGAAGGAGGAGGAGAAGGACAUCAAGGUCGACGGCGUGAAAGGCGAGGGCGUGAAGAACGAAGGCGUGAAGCAAGAAGGGAACGUGAAGCAAGAGAAGAGGACAGAGGAAGACGUGAAGAACGAGAUGAAGAUGGAAGGGACGAAGCGGGAAGAUUUCUACGUCCUUGCGACGAAGGGAGAGGGAGCGAAGGGCGAGGUGAAGGGAGAAACCAAGGGCGAAAUGAAAGGCGAGGGCGUGAAAGGGGAAGGCGUGAAAGGCGAGUCCAAGCGAGAAAGGUCUCGGUCCAAGAAGAAGAAAAAGAAGGACAAGAUCAAGAAAGAGAAGGGCGAUGGCGAAGGCAAAGAAAAGAAG